UUCCGGAAAAAGAAAAACAAUUCUUUCCUCCUGUGAUCCCAUCUCUCAAUCAUCAAAAAAAAAAAAAAAAAGAAAAAAAGAUUGACAAAACAAAUGACGAAAAUCAGUCACCAAUUAAGUACUUGAAUAAAUGAAGUAAAUUCUGUAUGAUCGUAUAUACAUAACAUACUUACAACAACGACGUAAAAGGCUGGUGAAUCUCCACUUGCCUUGGUAUCGGAAGACCAACGAGAAUUAAAUGUUCUCAAAACCCAAAUUUAGUCGUCCUGCUGCUGUUAUUUCUGCAUGCGAAACAAGUGUAAACUGUGCUGAUAUCAUGUGGGUGCACUACCCGCAUCUUGUCACACGAGCAAAUAGAUAAACUAACAAAAAGGAGCGUACGAGUAGUUAAUUACUGUGGAUGCAGUCUUUGUAAACGUCAGAAUGAUAACAAUAGGAACAUGAAGCGCGAGCCACAGCUUCCCAGGUGAUACAUAGCCAUAAAAAGCAGGGGGUUCGUUUCCCCUUGCGAAAUUUUAAUUUGGUGUUUUGUACAAAAAGAAGCUUAGAAUAUCGAGACAUCAUUUUUGCAUGUGUUUGCGAGAGAUAGAUAAGAGGAAAGGAAGAGGUCGAGCCCUUCGUGCAGUGCAUUGAAAAAUAUGGAAGAUGCAGAGACGGACAUCAGGGAGCAAAUGUUCCACAACACCGUACGCGAGUACAUCAUUUUUCUGCUGCUGUUCAUCGUGCUGUACAUAUCGAGCUACGCGCUGAUAUCGCGCUACCGUUGGAGGGCGGGGGAGGACUAUCUGACGACGGAUGAGGAUGAAGCCACGGUUUACCGAGUUAGCAUGUGCCUGUGCGCGGUCGCGCUCGCCGUCUCGAUCGGCGCGACCCUGUUGCUGCCGAUUUCGAUCGCCGGCAACGAGAUUCUCAUUCUCUACCCCAACAGCUACUACGUCAAGUGGCUCAACAGCUCUCUCGUUCAAGGACUGUGGGAACUCGUAUUUCUCUUCUCAAACGUGUCGCUCUUCGCAUUAUUGCCGUUUGCAUAUCUUUUUACCGAGUCUGAGGGCUUCGUCGGCUACAGAAAAGGUAUCAUGGCGAGAGUGUACGAAACCGUGGUAGUAUUGUGCCUCUUGGGAGCGAUGGUAUUAGGCAUGACUUAUAUAUUAUCAGCCAUUCUGGAUCGCCAAAAAUCGAGCCUCCACACUCUGCUCAGUCUGUGGAGUUACUAUUUGCCGUUUUUAUACUCCUGUGUUUCAUUCGUAGGCGUUGUCAUGCUAUUACUAUGCACGCCGAUAGGGUUCGUCAGGCUGUUCGGCGUCGUUGGCUCGUUCCUCGUCAAGCCGCAGUUCUUGAAGAAUCUGGACGACGAGUUUUUUGCCUACAAACUCGAGGAGGAUUGCAUCAAACGAAGAUUGGAUCACGCCAAAGCGACGGGAAAAUCGUACGUAUCACCGGUGCCCAUGUCGCAACCCGGGACGGACAACCUGGCGCCCGACGCCGACGACGAUGACUGCGAUGAGGUAUCAUUGCGGCCGAACCCAGGUCUCAUGUGUCUGCGCAACGGUGCCCUUCAGCGUGGCUUGGCCCAGCGUUUGGAGGAGAUAAAAACCCGCAGGCAACAACUCGACGAGCAGAGGCGUACCCGGUGGGUACGGAGAACUCUGCUCUACCCUACGGCCAUGCUCGCGCUGCUUGUCUUCUCCACAGCAACGGCACUGCUCGCGCUUCAGAAUACCUUGCAGCUGCUCGUUGGUAUCAAGGCUCUGCCUCUUAGUACCAGUAAAUUUACGCUGGGUAUAAGCUCGCUGUCGAAACUGGGACCAAUCGGUGCAACGCUCGAGGUCGCGAUGAUCCUUUACAUGGCGGUGACGAGUGCAGUCGGUUUGUACACCCUACCUGGAGUCAGACUAGUCCGACCGCGGUUACACUCGACUCCUCUGACUCACGUGAUUGCCAACUGUGCCCUCUUGCUAGUCCUGAGCUCGGCUCUGCCUCUACUCGCGCGCAUUAUCGGAGUGACGAACUUCGACUUGCUCGGCGACUUCGGGCGAAUCGAGUGGCUCGGCAACUUCAAGCUCGUGCUCUUCUACAACGUCAUUUUCGCCAGUGUGGCUAUUGGCUGUCUCACGACCAAAUUCACCGCUACGGUGCGCAAGGAGAUCUACGCCAGGCUGCGCAGUAGUGUGCUCGGUAUCUUCAAGCGGGACUGUAAACGCGCUCCUACCUUGGCAGCCAAGGACGAAUAGACUGAAUUUUGUAACGUUGGUGUUUUUUUUUUUUUUCAAUAAGAGAGGAGCUUAAAUCGGUAGAUUUUUUAAUCGCCUUUCCGACCGGAAGUUAAAAACUUUACUGUCGAGAAAUGUUUUUCAGGUAAUUAAUUAGCAAUGGAUCGAAAUUCGCAAGUUAGUUCACGCAGUUUUGAUAUUUCGAUGUUGUGUUAUUAUUUAAUAUUUUAACGACACAGUGAUAUCCAUGUGCUAGACUAAUAGAAAAUAAUAGAAACACUCAAGUCGAUUUUAAACGGAUAAAUAUUUAAAAGAUUACAGUUACUUCUUAAAAAAACAUUUGUUUUUUUUUCGAAUUCUGGGGGUUGAAUUUUUUACUGAUGAUCCAUAUCCUAAUUUUUCACAAAUUGUAACACGAAUUGUGCCACUGUUGAAAUGUUAAGGAUAAAUUUCUUAAAUUGAACUUGAUUGAAGAUCCUGGAAAAAUUUGAAUCGUCAUUCUUGAGCACAGAUUAAAAUAAACCUUGUACGAUUACUUGUAAAUAAGUUAUUGAUUUUUUAACUUUUGGGUGCAAACGAUUAACUGUAAACAGUUACUACAAAUUGUAAGUAGUUAUUUUUAAAUUUUAAAGUAACAUGAUUUCUAUUAUCGGUGAUGAUUGGCACCCAUGACAUGUUGAAACAAAAAAUUCGUUACGAGUUUUAGAUCAAGUUAUGUUUAAAAUAAAUUAUAAUGUAUUAUAUUAGAACGAAUACGAAAAAAAUUUCGAAACGGGAAAUAAAACGUGACUAUGAUAAAUUAUCAAGCACUGAAAAGUUACGUUUGUUUUAAUGUAUUGUCGUAAUUUUUAUUUUAACGUUUUUCUGUAUUAUAAGAUAUUUAAAUUAUGC